AGGAAUGUGGAAAAUGUGUGGAGGACGAUAAUGAGGCAAAUGGUUUCAGUGUGUUGGCUCGCUGUCUGACUGUCUUAAGAUUUGAGUUGGAGUUCAAGGGAAUAUCGACCAAGGAGUAUCGAGUAAGAUUUUCGUUCCCUACUCGUGGUAAGAGCGGAAGCGAUUCAUCAUGGCGGCGCCAGAAGGUGAAGAACCCGACGCUUUGGCUAUCAUCAAGGAACAAGCAGAGAAGAGGCGCGAGGAAGUGAACAAAGAGCUCCAUGAAGCGCGGGAAGAAUAUCGCCGCAUGAAGGAAGAGAAAGAGAAGGAACUGGAGACCCUUCGCGCCAGGAGAGAUGAGCGCCGAAAGCAGCAAGCAGAGGAGCGGAAGAUGCUGGAGAAGUUCGCGGAGGAGAGACGGGCCAAGGAGAAGGAGGAGAUGCGCAAGAGGAAGGAAAUGGCUGACAUGAGGAAGAAGGAACGCGAGGCCCGAGUGCGGGCUAUGCACGACCCUAAUGCGUUCAAGGCGGUUAUCAUUGAGAAAGAGAAGCCGCAGAAAGCCCCGAAGAAAUCCAAGGAAGAAUUGGCCAGUGAGAAGGAGGAAGCGAUGAAGGAGCGCAUCCAACCUCUGCACAUCGGAGCAAGCACAGCAGAGGAUAAGAUCCGGGAGAUUGCUCGCAACCUCCUGCAGCGUCUUCAGGCCAUGUACACGGAGAUCUUCGACAUGAAAGUGCGCCGCAAACGUCAAGAGUAUGACCACAAGGAGCUGCUCCAGCGCAUUAAGGAUCUGACGAAGGUUAAGGAGCCGGUCGCCGCCGAGUCAGCUGGCACCGUGCACAAAUUUAAGGCGGGUGGAGUGUUCAAACCCCAGGAUGAGCACGAACAGAACAAGUCCAAAAUGGACAGGGAGAAAGAGGCCGGUUCCAUUAUUUCGUCCGGGGGUGUGGCAGGCCGGAUGGGAAUGUUCGGUGGGAGCAGCGCGAAGAAAGCCCCCGGCUUGGAACGAGGUCCCACCAUUGACCUGACCAAGUAGCCCAGGUCAGCUCAGCAUCCACCAAUAGGCGGGCUUGGAUUGUGUGCCACGUGAUGCCGCUUUCAUCCAAUUAACGCACGAUUUUCAGGUCCUCUUGGCAACUUCUGCCAGUGCCGGUUGACAACCUAAAACCUUGGGCCUUUCAAUACCUAAGCCAGACAGUGGCCUCAAAAAGACGUCUUGGUAUCUAUUACAGUUGACGGCGCCAGACUGCAUUUUCCUUUCCCCGUAAGUGCAGUUUCGUCUGCUAUAAAGCAAUUCUUAUUGGACAAUUUUGCCCACGUGACGCACUCCCUUGCCUGCGCAUGCUGUGUAGGCCUAUACUAUAGGAUUAUGUGAGAUUCUUGAUGAAUUACAUGCUGUAGCGUACGUUUUCAGCUUUUCAUUUUUGUGGCUCAUAUUGCAUCGCAUUAUAUAGAAAAAAGAGGUGCACCAUAGCAUUUAGACUAGAUUUCACACAUUUUUGAUAGGUAAAAUAUAGAGUGAGCAUAAUAACGGUUUGCCAUUUGGUUUUUAGAUCAAUCCUUAUUCAAUGCCCGUUGUCAAACUUCCUAAGUUAAUUUAAGAAAGCCAUUGUUGUUUGUUUCGAAUCGAGGGAUGGUAUUUUCGCAGAUGGUAUAAAAGUAAAGUAGCCAGUUAUUCGUGUGUCAGCAAACUUUAACCACUAAUGAAAUAAAGUAAGUGUUGAAAAAAGGAAAACGUUUUUUGACACUUUACACCAGAAUGUUAAGCUUUUCAAAAGGCAUCGCGCUUGUAAUGGUAGGUCUAUAGGCUAUUUCUUGUGAAACAGGUUGAAAUGGUGUUGAACUUUGUCAGGGGCAAUAUUCACGUUCUCUUUGGCCAUUUUGACACAAUGGAACACCUGCAGGCCCUGUUUGAAUGACAUGUCACAUUACAUAUCGUCACCGACGCCACGAAGGAACACCCAAGUCCACUCAAUCAGUGUUACUUCGUGAAAACCGUAAUGACAAAAACAAUUCACGAAGUAACACAUGUAGUGUGCCCGCGCACAUCGGAAACUGGCGCGAACGAUUUUCGUAGAAACACUAUUUGGAUAAAAACGUUUUAAAACGUUUGACAGGAAUCCGUAUUCUUGAAGGAU